AUGGCUAGUCAUGUAUCACUUGUAGAUGAUCCUGAAAAACACUUUUUGGGCAAUCUCCUGGAUGAAGAUCCUAACAUUAGUCCACCGCUGUUGAAUAGAGGGUCGUGCUCAUCACCAGGUGCUAUUCCACCAGUAUCUGUUAUCAGUGGUGUUGGACCAAUCAGUACAAACAGCUUGCUACGUUCGUACUGGCCAGAGCCACCACCACCGUACUCUCCUCCAAUACAAGUUGAGAAUCAUCAUCAUUAUCCAGUAACAACAGCCAAAAUACCCCCUCGAGGUUACGCUGUCAACAGGCUUUCCGAGACUUCGCCAAAUCAAGGCAAUUUGUUGAGAACCAAUGAAAGUCUCAUAUAUGAGGGCGAGAAGGCAGUCGAGAAUCAGAAAGGAAGUACUAAAGGACAGCAUCCUUGUUCACUGGAUACCCCAUUGAGUAAACCACCGCUAAGUUUUCUUAUUUCGCAUCUUACAAAGUUUAUAUUUGGUAUUGAUCAUUUACUGUCUAGUUAUCGUGAUGUUGCCGCAAGAAAUGAUCAAAAUACAUGCAACGACAGUUCCGUGCAACAGAACAAAAAACUACAAGUUCAGUUAGAUCUAGACAGUCGGUCUUGCACUGCGAAAACUCGUAAUGUCGUUGUCCGUGGAAGUUCCAGUUCUACUCGCAUGAACCGAGACCGUAAACCUAAAUCUGAACAGGGUGUCGAUUUUCAAAAGAUCACAAGAAAGAAGGUUGUGGCAAAAAAGGAAAAGGUUCUUCAAGUUUUGGCAUCUAAAACAUCGAAAAGAAGUCAUGCCGAAAAUGUACUAGUAGCCAAAUGCGAUCGAGGAGUUGGAGCUGGUACUGUGAUUGACGUAGCUCGUCCCAAGCGCACGAUAGAUAUUACUGAGAAGAAAAAACAAGCAGGGUCAACGAACACUGUGGAACAAUCACUUCAAAGGAGACGAACAAUUCAUGAGCCUAAUGAAUAUGGGUGGAUCGAAAAAACAGUUGUCAUUACUUCUAUAGUAUCUGGUUGGAUCGAGUUUGUAUUCAGAUGGAUUCUGAAUAUUCUAAUGGGUGUUUGCCUCCAAGUCUACGAUGUCGCAUCCAUCAGGGUGUUGACUUCCUCAGCCCGACAUGUCAGUUUACGACGCUUUCUUCGUCUUCGUGAACCGGAACAGUUAAUGUGGGGUUUGGAUGAAAAUAUUGUUCUGCCAACUACAGAAGAGCAGGCCUUGGAUCACUUUCUAUCCUUGUAUUGUCAAGAUGCUUACGGUGUACUUGGCCUGAAAGCUUCUUGCAGUGAAGAAGAUGUGCGCAGACACUACAAGAGACUAAUUACGCUCCUUAAUCCUGAGAAAAACAUGCUAGAAGGUGCGGAAGAAGCCUAUAUCAUGGUAGCAAAGGCAUAUGAGGCGUUAGCAACUCCUGAAGCUCGGAAGAUGUAUAAUCUUAGUCGUAUCCACCCUCGAAAAAAUGAUUUGCACCACGAAAUUGGAGAAAUGUGGGAUAAAGUCCGUUUGCGAAUUGAAGAAGCUCGUAGUUUCAUGUAUUGCGAUUGUGGUCGCCGCCACGCGAAAAUCGCGCUAAAUGUUCGUCAAAGCGAAGCGCGCUAUUGCCGUCGGUGCAAGACGCGUCAUGCAGCAAGAGCAAAUGAUAUCUGGGUUGAAACUCGACUCUGCGGGUUAUUGUGGGUGUAUUUCACUUGCUGCGAUGGCAUCAUAUACGACAUUACGGACUGGGCAACAUGCGAGAUAAACUAUCUUAAACACAUCCGGCCUAAUUCGCAUACUGUGCAGUACCGCUUGGUGGCGCCCACAACGUCCAAUUCUGGGAAAUCCGCUACAGAUGCUACAUCGCGCAAAAAGCAAAACGAUAAGCUACACGAUCUUCCUCAUGUAUCUGACGAAUGUCGUGGUGACUGGGGUAUGUGA